AUGCCACGCAAGACUGGCGACCAAGCCGCCUUCGAGUUCUGCUCCUGGCUUUUGGCCAAGCGCAUUCGCCGCCGUACCCUCGUCCGCAUCGCUCUCGUCGUCCUCCCCAUCCCCAUUGUCCUGCAAUGGACUCUCGCGUAUCUUGUCGGCAGCGACGCUCGACUUCUUCCGCUCGAGCUGCAGCACGCCAAAAGCCUCUUGAUUAUGACCGCACACCCAGACGACGAGUGCCUCUUCUUUGCCCCCAGCAUUCUCAGUGUGCUGGACGGGAGUCCCAACACAAAGGGUGGGCUCCUGGUCAUGUCCACUGGGGACCAUUAUGGCAUAGGUGCGAAGCGAAGGCAAGAACUCAAGGGAUCGUGCGUCGCCCUCGGAAUCGAUCUGUCGCGGUGUGAGGCGUUGGACCACCCCGACCUUCAGGACAGCCCUAGUGUCUGGUGGGAUACCGCCAAAAUCCAGAGCAUCAUCAAAGACUAUGUCCGCAAGUGGGACGUUGACGCGGUAAAUCUGAUCCUCGAACUCGGUGGCAUCUCCGGGCACGUGAACCACCGUGCCGUGAGCGCUGCUGUCAGAGAGUAUGUCAUGAACGACGGCAAGGCCCCUGCCGCCUACAUGCUGGUCACCACGUCGUUAAUCCGCAAGUUCACCGCCCUUUUCGACCUGCCGCUCACCGUGCUGCCGUUCACCUGGAGAAUUUUCGCUGCCAUCUUCUCCCUCUCGACGACAGAGGGUCCUCGCUAUAGCAAAAAGGCGCUGGUUGCCAGCACAUGGCACCGGCGUGAAGUUAUACCGGUUUAG